GAGCUUUCUUCUCUCAUUACACAUUGGAAGUCGAAACAAGUCGAAAAGUGCGUUGUUGUGCAUUGUGCUAGAAAUUUUUUAUACGCUCUAAUUUUUAAUUUAUAUUAAGAAAAGUAAACGCUAAAUACAUUUGUAAUAAGGAAAAAAACUAAAGUAUAUAUUCUGUGAUUGAGUAAUAGUUAAAAUAUAUAUGUACAUAAUCGCAGCUGGACAGUUUCUUUACGAUUAAAAUAAAUAUACACAUAUAAAUAUAUAUGUAUGUACUAGAAAAGCAGAACUGUAAUCGUAUGAUUAGAACAAAGAAUUAGUGUACUUGAAAGAUACAAAAACAGCAAAAGAAAAUUUUGUAAUUAUGAAUUAAUAUCGGAUUUUGUUACAUUUACCUUCGAUAAAGUAUAUUUUGUAUUAAUCGGUGAAAUGAAAUCUUCGUGAGCUAUAUUGAAAAACAGGUAUAAAGAGUUACGAAGUAGCCAUUAGAAAAAGUUUGAAUACAUAUAAAGAUGAAAUAGAACAAGUGUAAAGAAGUAAAACAUAUAAGAAGAGCAAAACACAAAAAGGAAGUAUAAAUAAAGAACACACACAUGCGCACACAAGUUUCGAACCCAAAAAGCAAACAUACGCAAUACUCUUGAACGGACAACGCGAACUAUUCCAAGCAACGUGUAAAAUUGUAGAACCAAAGGAGCUGUAAAAGAAGUGAAUAAAAUAAAACGAAACAUAGAAAUAAACCAAAUUUGAUUUAUAUCUGUGCUUAGAAAUCGUCGAGGGACUUGUAGUUUGGUUAUUAAAAGAAAAAAAACUGGUGUAACAAGAUAUAACAUACAUAUAUACAUAAAUAUACCUAUGUAUGAAUAUAUAAAAAGACGGCUGAUGGACACCACACCGUUCAUUUAAUAUAAAUCUUUUGGUAAACACUUGAAUUCUCCACAAUUUCAAAGGAUAAAUUAUAUCAAAGUACGGAUAUUAACCAAUGGAAAAAGUUUGCUGUUGAUUUCAAUUUUUGCAGAAAGCACUUAUUAACCGACAGGAGGUCGAUAUCCAAGCAACAGCCUUUUUAUGAUUACGUGCAAUACAUUCAAGUCUACGUUGAUCGCCGCCACCACCACUGUCUGUCUUUCAGUUUUCAUCAUCUUCGCUGCCACCGCCGCCGUCAUCGGUACAACCAUCGUCAACAAUCAACAACAGCAGCAAAACGCAUAACAGCCGCUCUUGAAGCCGUGAUUUUGUCCUUUGCAUACGCACUUUUCCUCCAUUAAGUCCGGUAACGUUUGAUACAUCGCACAGGGACGCUAAAAGUAUUUAUUUAUUAAGAAGAGAAAAUUUUAAAAUAACAUUUUGUAGCACUGCCAAUAGUUAGCUAGGGUCAAUACACAAACUUCGUUCAUAACUGGUAGCUAAUCCAAGCAACUUCGUGAUGUUGUAUGUAUUUCAUGUCGACGUCGGACGCAUGAUGUCCUUUGACAUGGCAGUGGCACUGUCGUCAGUUGAAAACCUCAAGGAGACCAUUGAACGUGUGCACGGAUUGCCGUCUAAGAACAUCGUGCUAUUGGUAAGCGGCGGCGAGAUGUUGAACCAAACUACACAAGUCUCUUAUUAUUCGGCUGGAACCGAUACGAAUCCCAUAUAUAUGUUUUUAAUUGAGGAGAAUCGCGACCCAGCUGACCCAAAAAAUGAGCAGAAAAAUGAUCAAAAAAAUGAUAAGAAGAAGGAUCAGAAAGCUGAGGAAGAACGUGAUCUUGAAUUCGUCGAGCAAAUUGAGCGUUGCAAACUUUUGCCGACGAUCUUGUCUUCGGUGGAAAAGCGCACACAAUUAGCGAUGAAAAUUUAUGAAAUUGCGCGCGAUGAUGAGCGUUUCUCCGAGCGUCUGGUGUAUGAGCAACACUUGCAACAGCAGGGUUGGUGGGCUGUGGUGGCCAAUAUGGAGGAUCUGAUUGAAGAGUUUCGACAGCGUUUUGUCAAAUUUUGUGCUGCUUUUGAACAGCAUUUGGAACAACGUGCUAAACAUAUAGAUAUAUUGCAUACCUUCAGCGAUGGCCUAAGAACAUUGAGCCGCAUACCCAUUUUGCCAAGUUUAAUGUCUUUGGCCGAGGAGGAUUUUCAUGGCUUUGAUUGCUUUCUCGACGCGGAUGAUGUGUUUUCGCGGUCCCAUUCGCAACAGAAAUCGGUGCUAGUGGCAGGUGGUGUACCUGCCCAACAAACUGUUAGCGAUGGACAGCCCGCCGAGACGGAAACCGCAGAGAAUGAUGGUGAUGAUAAUGCAAUUGCAGAUGAUAGAAGCUCAACAUCUCCGAAUAAGAAGCAGAAAAUGGGCACAGAAGUAAUUGAAGAAGCGUCAACAACGAUCUCGCCGAUGACAGUCACUGAUAAGCAAAGUUCGUCAAGCAAUAGCUCGCGUCCAUUAUUGAAUCUCUUACAAUGGAUCACAUCCAAAGAAAAUCAAAGAAGAUUGGAAACUAUGUGCGAUGAAUGCAUUCAAGGUCUGAAUACAUUCGAUCACAAUGUUUACCUACGUCUGCAAGACGAAGCCCAGCACAUUCUCAAACAGGCUGAACAGCCCGAAAUUAGAGAGAUCAAGGGCCUCAGCGAACGGCUAUCGCGGCUGGAUCAAAUUAUAAUUAAGAUCAGAAACACGGUCGGCCAGCAGAAGGAGUUAUGCACUUCCUUCCAACAAAAUCAAACGCGGGCUAAUCAUUUGCGUGAUCCGUCUAUUUUACCCGAUCUUUGUCUAACGCACCAAGAACAAUUGAUUGUAAUGAAUGAUAACUACCAAAAAAUACGCUACCAUCGACGUCUUAUUUCCAAAGCUAAAGAGGAGCUGGGCACUAAUUUACAUGCACGAUUGAGUCGCAUGGUCCAUGUUGAAAACAGCAUGAGUGAGUUCGACAAUCGGCUGUUGUUCUAUCUGAAGUGUGUGCGACGUGCCGAGCGACAUCUACAGGUAAUGGAGCAGAUACACCAAGCACCCUGUAUGUAUAUGGCCGCCGUUACGGAGGUGGUGCGACGUAAAAUAUUUUCGCAAGAGUUUCGACUUUGGGCGACAAAGCUCGCAGAUGAUUUCGAUACCAUACACAACGAAGAGAUCUCGCGACGUCGGCAGUUCAACGCGAAUUUCGAGGGGCACUUUUUAAACAAAUUAUUCCCAGGCAUGAACGACAUGCCGCCAGCAUUUGCCAAUGAAAUACCCCUGCUCUUCGAUGCGCAUUUGCCCAAUAUCAACAAGUCGGACAUAGAUAUGUUGACGUCCCACCUUCCAGACUUGGCACAAGGUGUUAAGUUACCCGACAUGAGACAUGUGAUAAAUUUUUUCGUUUCACGUUCGGGGCCGCAUCAGAAAUUGCGAUUGGAAGAGUUGUUGGGUCCGCAACUUGAAGGAGCCCUUGGCAAUCCAGCUUUGGCAGAGGAAGUGCCACAGAUAAGCGAGAUGGGUACUGGAGAAAAACCAUUAUUGCAUCAAAGACUCGCAGAUUUACAGAAGAUUGGCGACGGCUGUGAGGGCUCCGAAACGGAUACGGAGAAUGAGUUUGAAAAUCUGGCCGUGGCGACGGAUGAGACUUUACAAUCGGCAACCCCAAUGCUUGUUACUACGGCCACGUCCACAACGGUCAUAGAAACGAUGGCACGAAGCGUAGCCACUUCUUUGUUGCUUAUGCAAAAUGCUGAGACCCUCACAGACGAAUCAGAAUCAUCGGCCCGUGCCGAGGUAGAGCAUUUACGCGGCAUUUUAAGUGCAAUGUAUAAACUGACAUCUGAAUGCUUACGAUUGUCACGAGCCGACCUGGAACACUGCCGCACAGAAUUUGCAACGUAUCGUGAGGAUCUUCAAUCUGAGCUACAAAUGCUCCAUGAUCAGUGGAAUCUAACUCGCUUGCAAAGUGAGAAACGAGAAGAAGAACUGCAUCAAACGCAAGCGAUGCUAAACGAAUCGACGCAGCAACAUGAUAACGAGCUUGCUACAAUGCGCGCUAAACUUAACGAAGCAGACGAGUUACGACUGCAGAUAGAGGAAUUAAAAGAAAAGUUAUCUGCAGCAGAGGUGGAACAACAGCGUGCUGUGGCGGCGGCACGUGAAGAAUUGCUGCAUGAACAUAAGUCUGAGAUAGAAUCCCUGCGCUGUCGUUACAAGCUCAUGACAUCCAUGGAGUUGUCGCCGUCCGAAACGAGCCUCGAAAAGUUGGAGCGGCCGCCUUCCAACCUUGAUCAGAAUACAAUCGAACGCAGCGAACACGAAGCAAUUAUAGCUCAGUUGCGUGCAAAUUUCGAAAGUGAAAAAGAGAAAGCCAUUGUCACGGCAUUAGAGGUAGAACGAGCUGUUUGGCAAACCAAAUACAAUUUGAACUCAGAAUCUGUGAUGGGCAAUGUGAACAUACUUAAGGAAAUGCUGGAAGAUAAAGACCGGCAGGUGGAUCUGGUGCGUAAUCAGAAUCUUUUGCUCAAUAAAGAGAUGUUUGAGUUGAAGGUACGCAUCGAUGCGCUUACAAACGAGGAAGGCAAUAGCUGGCUCAAGGAUAAAAUAGAGUAUUUGAGUCGUGACAAAAAACGCUUAGAGGAAGAGCUAUCAAUUGAGAGGGAGCGAUCCAGACGUUUGGAAAUGGAGACAUCCUACUCUCCCUUGAGGGUACCCAGUUCUAGUCAUAAAUAUCUGCUUUUGGACUCCUGCAGUAAAGGUGAUGUUGUUUUUGUUGUAUGGAGUGUACGUCAUAAUCAAUACAUGGUAGUGCAGGACUCUCCAAUUCUAUACUUUGUCCAUGGAGAUUGUCUGUCAGCAAUGAAUUUGCGCACACCGUCCGCACCUUCGCCAAGUGAUAGUACAAUUUUGGAAAAUAUUCUCCUACCGGUGCCUUACUACGCUAUCGGCCGUGUCGUUGAUAGAGAGUACUGUCAGGCUAAGAAGGAUGAAAAUCGCUAUCGAGUUAUGAAAGGCACACGAUUUUACCGUGUAAAGCUAGUGCCAUUAUAUUCAAACUUGUUGACUGGACGUCGAGAUAAAUUGGAGGCAUUGUACUGUACAUCUACCGCCACGUCGUUUUCACAAUGUGAUUCGACUGCUGACACUGAAUCCAGUGCUUUGAUGGCCAGUGGUUGUAAGGCACUCGUGCCAGUGAGUAGCUGCAACCCCGCAUCGCCAACACAGCGCCAAGGCCAGUUAUCGCCUGGUAUUAGCACAAUUGAGGAGAGGAAGAUACCACCAACAAUGACAACAUCAACGCCAUUAAAAGAUAAAACCGAUAGCACCGCAUCAGAUUCUAAAAUCGAGGACCGUUUGUCCCCUGCGGCCGCAUCGAUAAACAUGGAGGAUAGCGAUAUGCCAGCUAGGAGUUCGGCAGGCGAACGUUGUCGCUACACCAGCUUUAGCAUAGAAGAAGAUACGGAAAACUUUACGACUUUAACGAGCUCGCCAACGUCUAUGUUAUCUAUGCCUUCUCAACAAUUAAUGCUACAGACUGUGAUAACAGAACAACCGACCGCAUCCAGUAAGCAAAAUACCAUACCCAUCAUAACGACGGGUCCCUGCAUAGAGACAGCUGCGGAUCUUAGCGGUUGUUCGUCGGAUUUAAAGAACGCAUCGUUUGCCACCGCCUGCAGCGAAGAUUCGGAUGAGUAUCGCUCCUUGGAACACAAGGACGAGACGGAUUUUGUCGUUUCUGAAUAGUGAUGAUUCAUUCUGUACGCCGGUAUUAACGCCAGAAAUGCGUUUGCUGCAUAUAAGCAAAAAAAGAAAAAGGAAAAAUAUUUUCAAAUAUUAGCCGAUAUAUUUAAAACAAAAUCGUUAUAUGCAAUAAUAUUAAUAACGGUAUGAUGAAAGAGAGGGAGCAAGGACAAAACUAUUAAGUAAACUAAAGUGGGGUCAUGAAUAAGGAUAAUUAACUAAAUUUCACUUUAACUUAAGUUUUAAGUAGUUGUAAAAAUCGUAUGAAUUAGUUAUAAUGGUAUUUAUCGAAACAGGAUUUCCACUCUUAUUAACUAACCCCAAAAAGGAAGUAUAAAAUGUAAAAAAAAAAGCGAUGGUCGGGUUAAAAUAAUCAAAUAAUGUAUAUAGAAUAAAAUCGUACGCCACGCGGCUCGUACGCAUUGACAAAGUGAUUGUUAGUUCUAAACGAAAAUUAAGCGUGACAACGAACAGCGUCACACCAACAUAUAUGUAGAUCUAAAUGCAUAAAUAUAUAUAUUUUUUAUUCCUUAACUUAAUGCAAAACAGCUUCAAAUUUGCACUCAAAAUAUAGUUAUAAAACAUUAUUUCUUAAACAACAACAACAAAUUGUGCUACUAAAACUUUAAGAAAUGAACAAAAAAAAAUUGAAAUAAAUUGCUUAAAACUAAAAUUGCGAACCAAGUGUAAGUAUGUAUACUUAUUUUCAAGUUAUUAUAUCGAAAACCUGUUAUUAAUUAAGGAACUCCUGGAAAAUGUGUUGAGCUGCUUUUUGUCAGCAAAUUACACGAGAAUAACAAGAAAAACACUACUUAGCUUAAAGGCAUAUUUAAAGUAAUAAAAACAGAAAGAAAUCACAAAAAGUGCGUUCUUCUUGAAACUGA